GAGCCCAAAGAAACACCGAUUGCAGGACGGUGAUCGUUGCAGGAAAAAUACAACAAAUAAAAGUGAUGACACGUGCCACUACUGACAACAACAACAACACACAAACACACAAGAUGGAAGAGGAGCAACAGGAAGUAGUGUGCUGCUUGGCUUCCGGAUGGCUUGUUUCCCGUUUGUACUCCAAACGUGUUUGGAGCGAAGAUGAGCAGCAGAACCAUUCUUAAGUGUGAAACGUCUUCUCUGCUGCACCCAAACAACAGACUAAGAGCGCACUUGGAGCAGUUGCCCUUUAACUACAAGGCAACCGUGCUGCUUCCAGAUUGUGACCACGCUCCUUCUGAGUUGGAUGCAACUUUAAGAAGUUUCCAAAGUUUCUACCUGAUCCAGGAACUUCCGCUCUAUGAACUUUUGGAGGAAUGCUUGAGACGCGGAAACGUGUGCGGCCUGUCCUACAAGACUCGCAUCGACGAAGACAACUGCGCCUUUCUCAAGGCAAAUGGACAAUUGUGUCUGUCGCUGGACAAAGACUCUUACGAGGUGUUGGGGAUCCAAGGCAAAGCGUGCAGACCAAAGUGCAGCCGAUACGUGGUCAAUGUGGAUUUGAGUGACAGCAACAUGGCUCCUGGCAGCCCGGGCUACCGGCGUCUCCUCAGCGGUCUGACCUCACGACUUCUAUUAAGGAUGGACUUCCUGCUAGCGCCCACUUCAGGGGACACAGACGGGCUGCAGCCACUGCUGUGGCGAUACAAGUGGUCGCGGCACACGCCCGAGGUCAGCGGUCGCCUCGUGAGCCACCCUGUGCCGCCCGCUUGCGACCUGCGCUCGCACGACCCCUUUGACCUUCUGGAGUGGCUCGGGGCCGUCCAAGCUGACCCGGACUUGAGCUUUCCGUUGCCUUCGGCGUGUCCUCGUCCGUCCAGCAACUCCUCUCAGAGCUCGUUUCUUCUGGCCGCGCGCGGUCUGCUGCUUCCUGAAAACAUCAUGACGCUGAUCCAGCAGCUCGGCCAUUUCCUGGAGGGGGCGCACUCGCCAGGUUGGGCAGCCAUCACAGUUCACGGCUUUUUGGACAGUCUGCACGUGCACGAGCGCCACUUCUACACGCUGAUCCUCUUCCCUGACCGCACCUACUCCCUGCACCUGGCCAAGCCUGCCUCCUGACCACAUCCCUGCAGACACUGGAAUGCAACAUCCAACUGCAUCACAGAUUUAGAAACCUUAGGAAAAUUCAAACAAGUUGUUCCAGCGUCAACAAACCAUGGUCGUCUUCAGUUUGGAAGCCCAAUUUUUCCCCUUUGUUUUGAUAAAUAAAUGUACUUGUGUUUUCUGA